UAAAAAAAAAAAAAUGUCCACGUUCAAGAGAUUCUCCUCGAAAAGAAAUUCGGAAAAUGAAAGUUCUAAUACAUCAUCCACCAAUUCUGUUUCUACUUCACUUGCAUCUGAUUUAAAUAAUCUAAACCUUACUGAAGAACGUCUGAAACGUUAUGCUGAUGAGGCAAAUACCCUAUCUUCUGAUACAACAUGUAUUGAAGGUGAAACCAAAUUAAGGGCCAGGGCUAUAUUUUUACGAGAAAAGGCUGUAUCUAAAACUCUUAAUAACAUCAAACUUUCAAUGAAAGUUGAUCUUUGCUUUGUUUUAGACUGUUCUGGAUCUAUGGCACCUUUUAUUGAUGCUGCUAAAGAUUGUAUUUUACAAGUUUCAAAUUAUGUUAAAAAUACAAAUCCAAAUAUUAAACUUCGAGUUGGAUUUUGUGGAUAUCGUGAUUAUUAUAAUAAAGAUAAACACCUACAAGUUUUUGAUUUUACCGACAAUUAUGAAAAUUUUACAAAAUAUCUACAUAAUCAUGUGUUGGCCAUUUCUAAUGAUGAUGAUCCAGAGGAUGUUCUUGGAGGUCUUAAUGCAGCAGUAAAUCUAUUGAAUUGGAUUAGUACCACUCGAGUUCUUCUUCAUAUUGGUGAUUUUCCACCACAUGGUCGUCGUUUCACAAAUUUAAGAGAUAAAUAUCCAGAUGGUGAUCCAAGUGGUCUAACUCCAGAAACUAUAUUAAAAGAAAUGCAAUCAAAAAAUAUUCUUUACUUCUUUGGAAAAGUUACGGAUCAUACAGAAAAAAUGCUUCAAGUAUUUCGUGGUAUAAUCGGUGAAUUUCCAGUGUUUGAUAUUGUGGGAGGUGAUCCAAUUGAAUUAAUUGAAAAACUUGUUAAGGCUACAUCAUCAUCUAUUACUCUUGCUGUUUCUUUAACUAGUACAGUUGGAAAUGGUUCCAAAGAUAUAUAUUCUUUACAACAAAAAAAACUUGACAUGAAUCCAAAUGAACCAGAUUGGAAAAUUCUUUCAUUACAAAAAGGAGUUGUAAUGUGGUAUCAAAUUCCUAAAUAUUUGAAUGAAAUUAAAGAUCAAAAAUAUUUUAAUAAAUCGGAAUUAUUUUCUAAAAGUUUCUCAUUCAAGAUUGCCUCUCAACCAUUUUCUGCAGGUAUUGAAAAGUGUGCAUAUUAUGCUCUUGAUGAUCAAAAUAAUCCAUUGGUUAUAAAGGAAUAUCAUUGCGUUGGAAGAACGAAUCCUUUUGAAAAAUAUCUCGAAGCGAUAGAAAUAUCUACUGUAGCAUCUUUUCUUUCUAGAGAAUUUAAUUUAAUUACAAAAGGAAAAGAGAUUCAUAAAGUAAACUAUCUUGAUGUGAGUCUUUUACGUACCGGUACCGUUGAUCUUCAUACUCGAUAUUAUACUAUAGAACCAAGACUUCAAAAUUCUGGGUAUAAAAGAUUUAAUGCAAAUACUGGUAUUAUUACAGAACUUCAUCAUACACUUGAGGCAUUUGCUCAUUUUACAUAUAAGUAUACCAAUGGUUAUUUAGUUGUUUGUGAUCUUCAAGGAAUUGAACUUGAUGGUGAAUUCUUGUUAACAGAUCCUGCGAUACAUUGUGUUGAUACCUUAAGAUUUGGAAGAACAAAUUUUGGUAAAGAAGGAAUUAAACAAUGUUUCUUAGCAAAUCAUAAAUGUAAUGAAAUUUGUGAAAAAUUGAGAUUAAGUUCCAAUUCUAAAUUUAGAUUAAACCUUGAAAAGUUAAACCUUUUUAAGGGAUGUUUUUAGUUUUGUAUAUAUAAAAGUUAUAUGUAGUAAAUAUUUGAUAUUUCAGAAAUGUAUAUUCGAUAAUUCUUGUAUAAAUUAUUUCCCAA